UGGCUUACACUGUUCUGGCAACAAUAUGACGGGUGUGACAGUGAUUAAGAACAUCUUUGAUGGCUUACACUGGUCUGGUGACACUGGGGAAUAGUGCAGCAGCAAUCAGGAACACCGUUGCUUUCUUACACUGGCAUUGGCACUGGUGUGGUAGGGGCGGACUGACCAUUUGGAAACUCGGGCACUGCCCGAGGGCCCGGGGUCAGUAGGGGUCCCCAUGAGAUGCCUCUGGUACCUUUUUCAUAGGCUUUUUUGAGUUUGGGCAAGGACACAGGGGCCCCAUGAUCCCCUAUUGCCCGGGGGCCCCAUG